AUGAUUGAGAUAUCUGAUACCCAGAAAAUUGGUGUGGGCCUUGCUGGUUUUGGAAUGACAUUUCUUUUCCUCGGAGUAUUAUUAUUAUUUGAUAAAGGAUUGUUAGCUAUUGGAAAUAUUCUUUUUAUAAGUGGACUAGCAUGUGUGAUUGGAUUGCAAAGGACAUUUUUCUUCUUCUUCCAAAGGCAUAAAAUCAAAGCAUCUGUCGCAUUCUUCGGUGGUAUUACUAUUGUGUUACUGGGAUGGCCUAUGUUUGGCAUGAUAGCUGAGAUAUAUGGAUUUUUAUUAUUAUUUAGAGGGUUCCUACCAGCUGCUGUGAAUUUCCUGAGAAUGGUGCCAAUUGUCGGGUCCCUGCUUAACUUACCAAUUAUAAGAGGGAUUGUGGACAGAAUAGCAGGAGACAAUGGGAGAAAUAUGGAAGGAGGACUGUAA